AUGGAGAACCUGAUCCUGGAUCAGCACUCCUACUUGGAGAUGCUUUAUGAAUAUUGGCCCAUGUCCCUAAAGAAUCAGAUCAUGCCAAUAAGGAUUCUGUCCCCUCCCACUCCCCCACUGUCCAACCCCUCCACUCCCCCACUGUCCAACCCCUUCCACUUUCCCACUGUCCAGCCCCUCCCACUCCCCCACUGUCCAGCCCCUCCCACUCCCCCACUGUCCAGCCCCUCCCACUCCCCCACUGUCCAGCCCCUCCCACUUCCCCACUGUCCAGCCCAUCCAACCCCCUUCUCCACUCCCCCACUGUCCAGUCCCCUCCUACUUCCCCACUGUCCAGCCCACUCCAACCCCCUCACUGUCCAGCACCCAUCCACUUCCUCACUGUCCAGCCCACUCCACCCCCCCCCCCCACUGUCCAGCCCCUCCCACUCCCCCACUGUCCAACCCCUUCCAAUUUCCCACUGUCCAGCCCGUCCCACUUUCCCACUGUCCAGCCCCUCCCACUCCCCCACUGUCCAGUCCCUUCCACUUCCUCACUGUCCAACCCAUUCCACUCCCCCACUGUCCAACCCCUUCCACUCCCCCACUGUCCAACCCCUUCCACUUUCCCACUGUCCAGCCCACUCCACCCCCCCCCACUGUCCAGCCCCUCCCCCCCCACUGUCCAACCCCUUCCACUCCCCCACUGUCCAACCCCUUCCACUCCCCCACUGUCCAACCCCUUCCACUUUCCCACUGUCCAGCCCCUCCCACUCCCCCACUGUCCAACCCCUUCCACUUCCCCACUGUCCAGCCCGCUCCCCACUCCCAGCCACCAUCCCACCCCCCACUGUCCAGCCCCUGUCCCCACUCCCCCACUGUCCAGCCCCCCCACUCCCCACUGUCCAGCCCUCCCACUCCCCCACUGUCCAGCCCACUCCCACUCCCCCACUGUCCAGCCCCCACCCCCACUGUCCAGCCCCCCACCCACUAGCCCCCACUGUCCAGUCCCCUUCCCCACUGUCCAGCCCCUCCCAGUCCCCACUGUCCAGUCCCCUCCCACUCCCCACUGUCCAGUCCCCUCCCACUCCCCCACUGUCCAAUCCCCCCCCACUGUCCAGCCCCUCCCACUCCCCCACUGUCCAGCCCCUCCCACUUCCCCACUGUCCAGCCCCCAACCCCACUGUCCAGCCCCUCCCACUUCCACUGUCCAGCCCCCUCCACUCCCCCCACUGUCCAGCCCACUCCCACCCCCCUCUGUCCAGCCCCCUCCCACUGUCCAGCCCCUCCCACUCCCCCACUGUACAGCCCCCUCCCACUCCCCCACUGUCCAGCCCCCCCACUCCCCACUGUCCAGCCCCCUCCCACUUACUCACUGUCCAGCCCACUCCCACUCCCCCACUGUCCAGCCCCUCCCCUCCCCCACAGUCCAACCCACUGUCCAGCCCCUUCCACUCUCCCACUGUCCAGCUCCCUCCCACUAACCCACUGUCCAGCCCCCUCCCACUCCCCCACUGUCCAGCCCCCUCCCCCACUGUCCAGCCCCUCCCACUAAGCCACUGUCCAGCCCCUCCCACUUCCCCACUGUCCAGCCCCCUCCCACUAACCCACUGUCCAGCCCCCUCCCACUAA